AAUACCGUGAUAGUUUGGGGACAUAUGGAAUUUGCCACUGUUGCUGACUUGCUGUCUUGCUGAGCGAGUUCUGCUGUGUUGUCCGCCUCACUAAGCUCCGGUCAGGCUCAGGCGUGCAUUCUUCUACUGAGAUAACGUCGGAAAGUAUUCAUCACUGGUGGAGGUUCCGUGAUGAGAAGGCGUGACUUCCCCAAAUUUGAAGCACUAAAAUACCGCUCUUCGUAAACCCUAAUUGAUGGCGGAAGCAAGGGAGGAAGAAAAUCGGCAAGCUUCUGGGGCUCUAGCAAUGGCUGCAGCAUGCAAACCUGACAAAGAUAUAUCCAGGUGGCUUAUCGAUUUCCUUGUUCGGCAACCGAUUCCAGUGCAUCUUCUCGAACAAGUCAUCUCCAAAUUGGGCGCCUCAGUCGUCGAGAGCGAUUGGCGAUUGAAGAAGAUGCUGACUCUCAAGCAGCUCCAGUCAGGAAUCUCAAAGGGUUCCGUGUCUGAGGAGAUGCUCGACUCGUUGGAGUUGGUAGAGCAAUUGGACAGGGAAAGUGGAAACCCUAUCCCGGAAACGAUCAAAGCAGCUUACUGUGCGGUGGCAUUGGAGUGCACUGCUAGAGGAACCUACUUCGACACGGUUCAGAGCAUUUGGAGAGGAAGAAUAGAGAAUCUGGAGAAAUUGGGGAGGACCGAGUUGCUUACCGACGAGCUGAAGAAGGUUAGGGAUGAUGUUGAGGCUGCUGUCUGGGAUCCAAAUGUUUUCAACAGAGUGUUGGAAUCGGCUAAGGGGGAAAACGCUUCGAGUCUGGUUGAGGCUUACUUAGAAGAGGCAAUGGCUGUGAAUGGGCCUUCAUUUCUGGAAAUUGCCGCUAGAAGGGAGAGGGAGCUGAAAGCGAAGGCGCAAUGCAGUGGCGAGGAUAGAGAGGGCUUUCCCUGUGAGGUUGAUGACGUGCAGGACUCAGGUGCUGAAGAUGCUAUGGAUACUGAAGUAGCGCAAGUUCCUGAUAGUGGCGGACAACCAAUCUGCGGAGCACCGUCUGCUGAUGGAAAGGUGAAGCGUAGAGUGAAACGUGCUGUUCCACGCAGACAUUCAAGAAGACAAGGUAGGUUAGUUUCGGGUAACCCUACUAGAAAAUAUGAUACCUUGUCUACUCCUGAAGUCAAGCGAGUACAAGAUGCACUUCGAUCCAGUACCACUGAGUUACAAUCCGUGGUGACUGAUCCACUGCCCGAUGCUCUGCAUCGCUCCCGGUUAUUAAUUGAUGAAGCACCGCAAAACAUAGAGAUAUCUGCCGGAAACCAGGGAGUUCCUGAAUCCCACAGCAACAAUUCAAAUCCUGAUGUUCCAUUAGACAAAGAUGGUGCAGAACAUGUUGAAGGACCCACACCCUCCAUUGAUGAGAGUACCAAAGAACUUUCCUCCAGGCAUCAGAAUGUUUCAAAACCAAGUUUAAUGGUUAGGAAUAAAACAGCUUGUACCUAUGAGUGGGAUGAUUCAAUUGAUGGCUCUCCUGAAGAAACAUCUAACGCUGAUGAAAGAAUUGUGCUAAGAAGCCCAAAGAGAGGGGUUGUGCUUCCAUUACCAAAGGACGAUGGCGCCAACAAUUUGCCUAGGAGGAAAAAGAAGAGAUGGAGUGUCGAGGAGGAAUAUGCCCUGAGGGAGGGUGUCAAUCAGUAUGAUUCAUUCGACGUUUCUUCUUUCCUUUUUUUUUUCUUUCUUGCUCAUUAGACUCUUGACGAUUGAGUUAAUUUGAUAUCUGCUUCAAUUGCGCUACAGGUUUGGGAGGGGCCGCUGGAAAGUCAUUUUGAACUCGAGACGAGAAGUAUUUGUUGAGAGAAACGAGGUUGAUCUGAAGGACAAAUGGAGAAACAUGACGGCACAUGAAUGAGUUGAUGCUAAAGCCUGCUUGAAGAAAGGCCUCACUUAGCAGUUUUUGUGUGUAUAGUACUUUGCAGUGGAACUCUUGUGCAUAGUCUUGUGAAUGUCGUUUGCUUGGCUUCGAACUCUUUUAGUUGAACAGACGACUGACAAGUGAUCAAAGUAGGCUAACUUUGUCAUGCUACUACUACUAGUCUAUGUUACUUCUGCCAGCAAGGCUACAUUCUGCUGGAAAAUCCUUGAAACUCAUCAUUUGUACGUAUAUUAUUAUUGAUAUUAUUCUACCAAGUUCUCAUUUUACCAAUAUCAGAAACC